AUGUGUGAUAGAAAGAAGAAGGAGGAGAAAGAAAGAAUGAUCAGAGAGAUUGGAGAAGCGAAAACGGAGGGAAAGGUAUGGGAGUUGAUAGGCAGAGUAAGGAAGAGAAGAAGAAGGGUGAAUGAAGAGAUAAAACCGGAAGAGUGGAAGGAGUAUUUCAUGGAUUUGAUGGGUGGAGUGGAGAACAGAGUGGUAAAGGGAGAGGGAGACAGAAGCAGACAGGAGGAAAAAGAGAUAGGAUUAGAAGAGAUAAGAAACGUAAUAAAGAAACUAAAGACGGGAAAAGCAAUAGGCAAUGACGGGAUACCUAACGAGGCAUGGAAGUACGGAGGAGAAGAAAUGGUGAAAUGGAUAUGGGAGGUAUGCAAACGUGUCUGGAGAGAUGAUAUUGCACUGCUGGCAGAGGAGGAGCAGGACAUGAGAUCGAUGAUAAGCAGGUUAGAAGGAUAUCUAGACAGAAAAGGGUUAACUCUGAGUAUAGAGAAGUCAAAGGAGAAUGGAGGGCAGGAGGCGCAUAUCAGAAAGAGAAGAAGGAAGGCAGCAAGAGUAAUGAGGAAAGUAUGGGGGAUAAGGAAGAGGAUGUGGAAAAAGGACUCCAAAAGAAGGAUCUGGCUAUACGACAUACUGAUAUGGACAGUGAUGGGAUACGGGGCAGAAGUAUGGGGAUGGAAGGAGAGGAGGGAGGUAGAAGGUAUUCACGAGAGAUAUCUUAGAUGGGUACUUGGAGUAAAUUGGAGGACGCCCGGAUAUAUGGUCAGAGACGAGCUAGAAAGAGAGAAGAUGAGAAGUAGAGCAAGCAAGAGAACAUGGAAAUUUGAAAGAAAAUUGGAAGAAGGUAGAGGAGGAGAGAUAGCAAGAAAGUGUUUGGAAGAAAUGAAAGAGAGAUGGAAGAGAGGAAAGGUAAUAGGGAGAUGGGAGCAGAAGAGAAAAGAUUAUUUGGAAGGGAUCGGAGUAGAAAUGGAAGGAGGAGAGGAGUUGGAGGAGGAGGAAUUGGAAAAGAAGGAGAGAGAUAAGGAGAGACAAGAAAGGAUGGAAAAGAUCGUAGGAUCGAAGUACAACAGAUGGUAUAAGAGUAUAAGGAAGGACGAGAUCCCGGACUAUCUAAUGAAGGGAUGGGAGGAAGCAAAAUGGAACAGGAUUGCAAGAUUCAGACUGGGUAACAAAGUGAGGGAAGGACUAUACUGGGAAAAUGAGGAGGACAAAAAAUGCAGGAUGUGUGGGAAGAAAGAGGAAACAUGGGAACAUGUAUGGGAGGAAUAUCAGCAUCGUGGAAUCCACGUGGACAUUCGAGUGGACAAUCCGCUCAAGAACGGUACUGUAGUCCACGUGGAUGAGAUCAUCGAUUUGACGUGA